CUGGUUUAAACAGAACAAACCUGAUGCGACUCAUUGUCAAGACGAUGAGGAUAAGACCUGGCACCCGGUCGGGUCCAAAUGGAGAAACAGCCAGUGUGCAGAAUGCAGUUGCUCUGUGGAUGUGAUUGGCUGCUGUGGCGGGAAACACAAAACCUGCUGAUAUGGAGUGUGAUUUUACUGGAAGUGUGUGUGAUGCCAUUCGCUCCAACCCUCUUCCUGCUCUAUUUAAACCUGAGCAUCUGCUUCAGAUCAGAGAUUUUAUAUCAAAUUUCGGAUUAAUGUCAAUGAUGAAGAGGUCGGUGUUUGUGGGUUUUGUCCUGCUUGCUCUUGUCCCUAUGAUCCAUGCUGCCUGCUGGAAUAAACUGAACAAACCUGAUGCGACUCAUUGUCAAGACGAUGAGGAUAAGACGUGGCACCCGGUCGGGUCCACAUGGAGAAGCAGCCAGUGUGCACAUUGCAGUUGCUCUGUGGAUGGGAUGAGCUGCUGUGAUGGAUGGCCAACACAUGUGUCUGGAGGCUGCAGCAUUACAUAUGAUUAUAAAACCUGUACAUAUGAAUUGAUUCAUCUGGAUAAAAAUGUCCCCUGUAGGGCUGUUGGAUAGAGAUUAUGAAGAUGAGAUAAAGAAAUCGAGAUAAAAAGAUGGCAGACUUAAACCACAGAAGCACAAAUACAACAUGAUGAUGACUUUGAACAUAAAUAUAAUAAAGAUUUACUUACUGAUUA